UAAAUUCUGGUGCAACAAUGUUUGUAUUAUUAUCGCAAUGAUAACGGUGUACUAAAAUGUUUGAUAACACUCAUCACCACUAGUGUUAAGAUCGGUGUCUAAUAUAAGUGUGUUAUUUAUGCGGCAUCUGUUUGGGAGUGUAGGGCCGACACCAUCAACACAAUCGCCAUUCGCACCAUUCAUACCAUUCCCACCGCCAGAAGACAACGGACAGCAAGAAUUUGAUGCGAGAAUUAUCGCACAUAUCUCUUACUAUUCAUACAUUUGGCCAUUCAAUGCAUUUCCACACAAGAAUUGCAUUCAUAAUUCAUUUCUAUUGAAUUUAUUUUUGCUCACAUUAUGUCCGUGCGAUCCAUUCGCAUAUUAAGAUUACUGACUCCACUCUCAGCCAUAUCUUCAUCCGUGUCGACAGCAAUCGCUUUACUAACCAAUGAAUGGCUUCAUUCCAUUGAAUACAUGUCUAACAAAGACUAUCAGAAGUUCUCAAUGCCUCCAGAGAUGGAAUAUAAUGAGAAGAUCACUGUCUCUGGUCUUUGGCAGCUCUGCCAUAACGACCCCCCUCAAAAACUAAUGCACUGUUUUGUGAUCGACUAUUUCUCCAAUGAAGAGUACAGUCCGGACCCCAACGACUCAACAAAUGCAUUACCAUAUGCGGCGAAGAGGGCGGCGGUGUUUAUAAUGAUUAGUUGUGUUAUACUAUUAAUCGGACAGUUAUUAUGCUUUUUGGGUCACGUAUGCACCAGAAGAAGAGUGUUCACAUUCGCCGCCGGUAUUGCUUUUAUAAUCGCAGGUUUAUUAAUACUUGCCGGAAUGGUAAUAUACAUCUCAACAUUCAAGGCAGAGGUGGGCAACAAACUGCGGCCAAAGUCUUCAUUCCAGGGGCCGAUGUUUAAGUACCGCUACGGCUACUCAUUCCUGUUCGCCGUCAGCGGACUAAUACUGUGCGAAAUCGCCGGCACUGUCGCCAUAUUCCUCUACAUCCGUUUGCAUCAAUUCAAAUACAAGAUCGAGUACGAGAGGGAACAGUUCGUUAUGGUCGACGACUAUCUGCCCACACCCACAGCACCCCCGGGACUGACCACCACCGGGGCGGCCGUCGCCGUCGGCGAAGGGCCCAACUCUAUGGCCUAUUGCAAGCGUCACGGCUCCCGAGGCCGGCGCUACAGCCGCACCCGUGAACUGUCCCGCGAGACCAGUCCCUGUUGUCCGCCGACGUCGGCUCACUAUCAGCUCAAGUCCUCCUCCAGACACGGCUCUCUCAAUGUGCCCAACACUCUGAUGCCCACACUCUCCGACUCGAUGCGCGACUUAACUUAUUUCAAUUUCCCCCCGUUUUCGCGCGAAACCACCUGUAAUACUGUCUCGACGUCGGCCGACAUUAUGCGCGACUUCUCCCGCGAAUUCAUGACCCCUCAGCCCCACCACCGCAAAGAUAAUAUGGUGUCCACACUUGACUAUCCGCGGGAACUAAUGCCACGCAAAGAGUUCUCGUUGGAAACGCUCAGACGGACGACACCCGUGUGAAUGGUGUCUCUCUGUGCGCGUGUUUGUGAUGAGUAUAUAAUCGGUUUGUUGUGUUUUGUUGUCCCCACACAUGGAUGUGGUGCUAAUUGUUGUCCACCGGAGCGCCGUUGGAAUCAAGAGUUGAUUUGGUUAUCAUAUCAUCGAAACCAUAAUGUGUUACUCUGUUUAUUAUAUGCAACCAAAAUGCAGUUUUGUUUGAUUGUAUUAAUGAUAAUAAUAUUGUAUAAAAACUUAUUUUCAACGAAUUAUAAUAAGACCGCAAGAAUAUUCUGGACGUGUGUUUGAGUCUGUGUUAAGACUCGUUUUGAUAAC